AUGGUAUUUCUAACAAUAAGUAAUUUGAUUCGUGUACGAGGACCUGAUGAAUUUUGGAGGAAGAGGAGGAUUUUUAGAUUAGCAGCACAUUUCGUAGGGCGGCGAAGAAAUUGUUACUCUGUCGCAGUUCGUAACGUACAUCGUGCGUUAGUGUACGCAACUAAAGCUCGCAAAUUAAAAAAACAGGACAUGAAAGACCUUUGGAAUACUCGGAUAUCUGCUGCUUGUGAACAACAUAAUAUAACAGCGUUUACGUUAAAAGAAGGUUUGGACCGCUCAAACAUAAUGCUUGAUCGUAAAUCUCUUUCGGAUUUGGCUUCAUGGGAACCAAGAACAUUUGAAUGUCUUGCAGCUAUAGCUAAGCAAAAGUUACAAUUGGAUGGUUUUAUUGAUACUGUUGAUAAAAAAUACCCAACAGGAGUAAAUUUAAAUCUUAAGGAUGUGAUGCUAGAGGCUUGGUUAAAAGAAAAAAAGUAG